UAAUGUUGGCUCUAUGUAUUAGUUUGCUGUACAAUUAUUCGGACAGUAGUGAGCGAGCCGAGCUGGGAGGUUGUCGUGUUGUUGUGUGAGGAUUUUGUGAAAUGAAGUGCUCUGUGGUAGCAUUUAUUUUGUGUUUAGCUACGUUUUGUAGAGGCGGUGUUAUAAAAUGCACCCCCGGUUCAAAAGACGAAACCUGUGUCACGGAUAAUUUCGGGAAAGAAUCGCUUGUCCGACAAAAACGUCAGGACAGUAUCGUUGAAGAGUGCAGCCCUAGGACUGAAUGGAAGAGCAAAUGUCACAGAUGUAUUUGUUCGGAUUCAGGACAAGCCCUGUGUUUCAAGAUCGAGGGAUGUCGCUCCGACAGUGGUGAACCUAUAAGAUGCAAGCCAGAAUCGAAGUUUUCUCGGGACUGCAAUAGUUGCUUGUGUACGAACAAUGGAAAUGUUAUAUGUACGCUGAAGGCUUGUUUGCCAUCACUUGUAAAAGAACAGGCAAGGAAUGACGUCAGCGACGAUACGAGGUUCAGAAGAUCGGUGGCACCGUCCAAACCGGUCGUGUGCGCGGCGAACCGAAUGUUCAUAAAAGACUGCAACACCUGCUGGUGCAAUGAGGACGGUACGAGCUUUUUCUGCACGCGAAAAGUCUGUGUCGAAGAACUACCCGAAGAAGUCUCGGAGCCGGUGAAAAUUCAUGAAAUUAACAGCACGUGCCGGCCUGAUGAAGUGUUUGAGCUGGACUGUAACACUUGCCGCUGUAACCCUGAUGGUUUGUCGUACUCUUGCACGAGACGAGCUUGUCCCAUUGGAGGGGAGGAACUGCCGUUGAGAAGGAAGACGAGAUCAACAUCGCAGCAAACAUCAAGAACCGCUGAAGUACCAAGAAUAGCUCAGUUAAUAAAGGGGACGCCGAAGAACUGCCAGCCGGGGCAGGAGUUCAGGAUGGAUUGCAACAAGUGUCUCUGUGAUAACGAGGGGCAGAACUUCUCGUGCACUCGUAUUGAUUGCGCCGCACUGAACAGCAACGGCAACGGAGGCACCAGGGUUAGGAGGGAGGUGUCGACACGCGAGGAGUCGGGUUGUACUCCGGGUAGCGUGUUCACGCAGGACUGCAACACGUGCCGCUGCACCGAGGACGGCGGACACGCCACUUGCACCCUCAAACAAUGCGUCAAACACGAUACAGGAUAUGAACUGAACCAGCCGGAAUCGGAUCCCAACUUCCGUUGCAACCCGGGCGAGCAGUUCAAGAGGGACUGCAACGACUGCACUUGCAGCGCUAACGGCCGAGGCGUGUUCUGUACACUUCGCAUCUGUGACUUUGAGAUAUAAAUGUUAAUAUCGUGCGAUGUAAUCUAUCAAACCCGUUUUAUUCUGACACAUCUGGAUUGUCCUUCGACCUUUGUUACUGGCGAUACUGGAUUAAUUGGAAUUAAUGUUUUUUUUUUGUACAAAAAUAUUCGUCUUUGAAUUCUGUCCAUUGCGUUUCAUUGAAAUAUGUUUUAUGUACAAUAUUAUCGUAUUGGAUUACAUCGUGUGAUGCUGAAGUCGGUUACAGACGGUUUUUUGUAAUCCAUGGGCCAUGGACAUAAAAGUAUUUAUAAUUCCUUCACUUAAUUUUGGAAAUCAUUAGUUUUUUUUUUAAUGAGAUUAAGGUAAUGCUUUGUUUCUUAUAAUGUCUUUAAUUUUUAGGUUAAGAUCAGAAAUCUAUUGUAGGUCUCUUCUAGAUUUAAAGUAAUUAUAUCAUCGAAAGCAAACGUUACGUUCAGGUAAGUUUUAUGGAAGCGUGAGUCUUGUAAGUAUGCGUGUUGAUUAAUAUUUUUUUUUUUUUUAUCAUCUCAUUUUAUUUACAUUCGUAAAUUCUAUAUCGCCUCGCCCUGUCUUCAUACUAAUACGUCAUUAUCUUAAAUAAAUACUCAUUUUUUUAAAUGAUUAUCUUUGUAGGUAGUGAAAUUUUUUACUUUACGUAGUUUUUGUACUUCUGUGAACUUGCGUCAGAGCUUCUCAAAUAUAUAAGCCGGAGAUUUCAAACAUUCUUUUAAAUAAUGUUGAAUUUUGAAAAGCUCUGAACUUGAAAAUAUGUUAUUAUGUGAAUUUUAUCACGAAACGAAUAAAGAUAAUGAAACUCA